GGGGCCCCACCCCACCCCGCGUCGCAAUUAAUAAUUGGUCGCGACUCGCGACGAGAUCCACUCGCACCAGCUCAUCAUUUGCUCCUCCACUCCACCACUAUUUAUAACCCCCCUUCGCCUCCUCCACCCCCACUCAUCUCCUCCACCUCCUCCACCUCGCCGCCAUUUGAUCGAACACCUGAUAGCCAUGAUGGAUCUCGGCCUCAGCCUCGGCCUCGGCCUCGCCUCGCAGGGCAGCCUCACCUCCUCCACCACCACCACCUCCUCCCCCGGCGCCGGAUCAUCCUCCCCGUGGGCCGCCGCGCUCAACUCCAUCGUCGGCGACGUGAGGCGGGAUCAGGCCGCGGCGCAUGCUGCCGCGGCGGUGGGGGUUGGGGUUGGGGGCGAGGAGAUGUACCAGGGGAGGGCGUCCACGUCGCCGGACAGCGCGGCGGCGCUGUCGAGCGCGAGCGGGAAGAGGGAGAGGGAGCUGGAGCGGUCGGGAUCCGGGGUUGACGACGACGACGGCGCGGACGGCGCCGGCGGGCGGAAGAAGCUCAGGCUGUCCAAGGACCAGGCCGCCGUGCUCGAGGAGUGCUUCAAGACGCACUCCACUCUCAACCCCAAGCAGAAGGUGGCGCUGGCGAACAGGCUGGGGCUGCGGCCGCGGCAGGUGGAGGUGUGGUUCCAGAACCGGAGGGCGAGGACGAAGCUGAAGCAGACGGAGGUGGACUGCGAGUACCUGAAGCGGUGGUGCGAGCGCCUCGCCGACGAGAACAAGCGCCUCGAGAAGGAGCUCGCCGACCUCAGGGCGCUCAAGGCCGCGCCCUCGCCGGCGUCCGCGUCCGCGAUGCAGCCCUCCUCCUCCGCCGCCGCCACGCUCACCAUGUGCCCCUCCUGCCGCCGCGUCGCCACCGCCGGCGCGCCGCACCAGCCUAACCACCAACAAUGCCAUCCCAAAUCUAACACCACCAUCUCCUCCUCCUCCACCGCCGCCGCCGCCGUCGCCGUCGCCGGCGGCAACGUGCUGCCCAGCCACUGCCAGUUCUUCCCGGCCGCCGCCGCCGCCGCCGACCGGACAAGCCAGAGCACGUGGAACGCCGCCGCGCCGCUCGUCACCAGAGAGCUCUUCUAGAAACAAUCCAUCCAUCGCCAUGACAAACUUGGGAAAGGAUCAAGCUUUGAUUGGUCAAGACAGUGUUUUUACCAGGUGGUGAUUUGGUUAAUUAAUUAAUUAUAAUUAAUCACUCAAGAGGAGGGGAUUAAUUGCCUUGAUUUGGUACCUAAUUACUAGUAUGAUUAGCAGUAGUAGUAGUAGCAGCAAAUUUGGUUUGGAUUAAUUCAGUUUGAUUCCAUGAUAUGAACAAAGGAACAAAGCAACAAAAAAAUGGCCGUCUGCUUUUUCUUGGACGGCAUUCUUAUAUGUACCAAUUCACCAAAUCUGCUGGUUGGUGGAUUAACAGCUUGAUAAUUGGUAUAUUGAUUGUACUACUACCACUAAUUGAUUGAAUUAUGAGAAAAGUUAAUGAAAUCUUUUCUAAUUCUUCA